AUGGCAAGUCAAUGGGGACAGAAAGCGGAAGAAUUAGAAAUAUCGAAUAAGGUUGCUGGUUUGGGUCUCGGGAAGAAGCCGGAGAGUCAAAAGCCAGAGGCGGACGACACUCAUGAUACAGCGAACCCGGCCGAGGCAUCGCUGCUCAUGAAAAUAAUCAGACAGGGUCUAGUAGAAUCAAAAUUAGACAUUGAAAUCCAACGGAAGGAUCCCAACUCCCCUUUGUAUUCAGUGAAAACUUUUGAAGCCUUACAUUUAAAACCAAACUUACUCAAAGGUGUAUAUGACAUGGGAUUCAAUGCGCCAUCCAAAAUACAGGAAACUGCCUUGCCCACACUCCUAGCUGACCCGCCGCAGAACAUGAUUGCACAAUCUCAGUCGGGAACAGGAAAGACGGCCGCAUUUGUGUUGGCGAUGCUGAGUCGAGUUGAUCCAACUAAAAACUAUCCGCAAGUAUUGUGUCUCAGCCCCACGUAUGAAUUAGCGAUUCAAACAGGCGAAGUGGCCGCCAGAAUGGCUAAGUUUUGUCCAGAAAUUAAAAUGAAAUAUGCAAUCAGAGGAGAAGAACUGCCUAAAGGAACAAAGAUCAACAGCCACAUUCUCAUAGGCACUCCCGGCAAAAUGUUAGAUUGGGGAGUUAAAUUUGGAAUGUUUGACUUGAACAAAAUCAAAGUAUUUGUUCUGGAUGAAGCAGACGUGAUGAUCGACAGGCAGGGACACCAAGACCAGUGUAUUCGUAUACACAAAUGUCUGCCGCAAACCUGUCAAAUGAUGUUCUUCUCGGCCACCUAUGACAGUGCUGUCAUGGGAUUCGCUGAAGCAAUCGUGCCCAAUCCUAUCAUUAUAAGGUUGUUAAGAGAAGAAGAAUCAUUAGAUAAUAUUAAACAAUAUUAUGUUAAGUGCAAAAAUGCUGAGGACAAGUAUAGAGCCAUCUGUAAUAUCUAUGGAGUGAUUACCGUCGGACAAGCAAUUAUAUUCUGUCACACGAGAAAAACGGCGAGUUGGUUGUCUGAAAAGAUGUCAAGAGAUGGCCAUUCUGUAGCCGUGCUCUCUGGAGAGUUAACUGUGGAUCAGAGAAUAGCCGUUCUUGACCGGUUCCGAGGAGGUGUGGAGAAAGUGUUGAUAACUACCAACGUCCUCUCACGAGGAAUAGAUGUCGAGCAAGUGACCCUAGUAGUCAACUUUGACAUGCCCAUGGAUAUCAACAAGAAAGCCGACUGUGAAACUUACUUGCACAGAAUCGGUCGCACUGGAAGAUUUGGCAAAGCCGGUAUAGCUAUCAAUCUGGUCGACUCACCGCAGGCAAUGGAAAUAUGCCUCGACAUUGAAGCCCACUUCGGCAAAAAAAUUAAUUUGUUAGACAUAGAGGAUGCCGAGGAAAUCGAGAAAAUUGGUGCAUAA